AUGGCCACCACGCCCCCUGCUGCUGGCCUGCGCGUCAUGCGCCUCACCUUGGCGCUCCCGUGCAGCCGCAAAUGUCACCGCCGCUGCUGCUUCAUCUCUGCUGCGCUGCCGCCAUCGACUGCUCCACCGCGCCGCUCUGGGAUCAGGCCGACGACCGCGCCCCGACGCCGGCGCCCCACCCCGUCGCCCCACUCCAACUGCCCCGAUGCCGCCACGCCUCGCCGGCGCCGCCCCACCAUCGCCGCCCGAAGACCUCGCCAAGGCCUCCUCGUCGCCUCCUCAAGCCGCUCACCGGACUCCAUCGUCGUCGUCCCCGUAAACACGGCCGUCCUCGUCUUCCUCCCCAAGCACCGCUGCCCGCGAACCCUGUACUUCCCCGUGAGCUCCCCUUCUCCUCACCUGGUCACCGCGCUGCCCGUCGCCUCGCUCCUCCCGCUCCACAGCACGCGCGCGCCCGCGCCAGCGCCUCCGCUCACUGGCCGGAGCCCACGCCCCGUGCGCUCUCGCCCAGCCGUGGACCGCUCUAACUGCGCCCCGCGCGCGCUCCCCACGCCGCUCGCGCCCGUCCCGCUCGCCAUCUCUGCCUCUCCAUGGCGCCCACGUCCCCUUCCCGGCCACCCACGCCCCAGCCUCCCCUUGCAUGCCCAUGUUUCGCCUGUUGCCACUGCUCGCCCGCACCGUGCGGUCGCCAUGGCCACAACACCCCCCUACUGCUGGCCUACGCACCAUGCGCCUCGCCUUGGCGCUCCCGUGCAGCCGCAACCGUCACCGCCGCUGCUGCUUCAUCUCUGCUGUGCUGCCGCCGCCGACUGCUCCACCGCGCCGCUCUGGUCUCCCCACGUGACCACCUCCACUCCCCCUGCUGCCCGCUACCUCCCCCAGCUGCGCCCGGCGCUCCCUAGCCGCCCUGGCCGGCACUCUCCUCCGCCCCGACCGGUGCCCAGGGCCAACCGGGGGAUCGCCCGCACCCAUUAG